CUGUGGGCUAAGGUUUUAGAUCGGAAGUAAUUCGUCUGCGCGCAAGGAAGAAAGUUGUUUACAAACAGAAGAGAAAGUUGGACAUGUAGCUAACUCGAGACAAACAGUUACGAAAUAGCCUUGAAGAAUUAUUCUCCCAAGUUUUACACUCCGAUGGGUUUUUACUUUAAGUAGCUGAGUAAGAGGAGCAGGUGUGUAUGGUUGCAGGUGUGAGAACCCACCCGGGGUCAGAAGUCAGGGAGGAUGUCAGAGGAAGGGGGCAAGCUGACGCUGAGGCGUCUUGAGGGGCCGAUCCACAAGUUCACUAAAGUAGCCCUGCCGACAGACCUAGAAAGACUACAGAGACACCACAGCAAUAUACUGAAGUUCCAGCAUAGUGGACAAUGGGAUCGCCUUCAUCAGGAGCACAUCAAUGCCAGCCGCACUGUGCAGCAGUUGAGGGCUAAUGUUAGAGAGAUGGAGAAGCUGUGUGGACGUGUCCGCCCGGAGGACGGCCCCGCCCUGGAGAGGCUGGUUCAGCCAAUCAGAGACCGAGCAUCUGCUGCCGCACAAGACUUCCUACUCCUGCAUUCUAACCCUGCCCCUCUGCCACAGGCACCACGCCCCCCAGGCCACUCAUCCUCAGGUGGUUCCCAUGGUGACGAUGUGGGCAGGGAGCCCCCUCCUGUCAAUCAAACGCAGCUCCUCCUCCCAGUGAUCCCCCUCAACGAGAGUGCUGCCGAGUCCUGGGACACCCUGGAGGAGGACCUGAAGGAGCUUAGCGGUUUGGUGACAGAGUUCUCUCUGCUGGUCCACUCCCAGCAGGAGAAGAUUGACAGCAUAGAGGAGAACGUCAACACAGCAGCAGCCAACGUGGAGGAGGGGACCAGGAGCCUCGGGAAGGCGGUGGGCUACAGGCUGGCAGUGUUACCCGUGGCGGGGGCAGUGUUAGGGGGGGUGUUGGGUGGUCCGCUGGGCCUUCUGGUGGGGUUCAAGGCAGCGGGGGUGGCAGCAGCGCUUGGAGGGGGGGCUCUGGGGUUUGCAGGGGGGAACCUGGUCCAGAAGAAACGCAGAGCUAGAGUAGAGUCCCAGAUGAACCAGCUCACUGCACCCCCUACGGAACCAGAACCACCGCUGGACAAGGACAAGUGACCUCUGAUUGGUCGUGGCGGGACCUCUGACCUCCAGAAGCCUACACUGGUCCAGGUACUGCCCGACUACAUUGCAGACGCAUGCUAGAGCUUACAUAUCAGCUGACCACAUCAUAUGAUAUAGCAAUCUGAUGCCCGACUGCACAGUUGAAGUGGCGCACAACCAUUGGUUGAUGCAAUGCAACGCCUGCGCAUCUAGUCAGGCAGGAACUCAACCAAGAUAUCCCUCAGACUAACUGACUGUCCGCUCAAACAAUCUGUUGUUUGACCAAUAGAUUUGCUCUCUUUACUGUGGUAAUAAGGAACUCCUUCUCGCUGCCAAUAGACCGAGGAGAGGUCUGUCAAGAGAAGCCUACUGUGAAGAGAAGCUUGCCACUGGGAUCUACCACUUCCCAAUCAAUAGGACUUUUAAACAUUGUAGGAGAGCCUUGUUGAGGACCUGAGUGUGAAAGGGAGGUGUGUGUGAAUGCUGUGUUAGUUGAGUGUGAUGUACUGUGUUUCUAGAUUUCUAUUAAAUAUGACCUACAUAUUUUUACAAUAUAAAUUAAUUAGUUUUCCUUCCAAAAUCUUUUAAAUAUGUUAAAAAGCAGCUUUGUGUUGGAAUGGUGUGGGCGUAUACUGAUCUUAAAUAUUCAUGCGAGUAGACCGCUGAUUGGCCAGCUCAUCCUCCUCAGGAUGACAUCAUCCUCUGAGGAAACAAGUUUUUUUUCCCUACAAUUGUUUUGCCCAAAAAUACAAGUAUAGGAUGAGUCAACAUUAUCUGGGUAUGAGAUUACAGAACAUUCACUGCACAGUUACUUUAAGUGUAUGAUUAUAUAUUAUGAAAAGAUGAGCAUUAUUAGUAGCAAACACUACAGCCUGCCUAGUUUUGUAACAUAAGUCAUGCUGUUUGGUGCCUUUUAGUACAGAUGGUAGUUUUAUUAGUCAUGUUAUUAUACUGUGUUUCUUGGACAGACUGUCUUAACUACCCUCAGUCUUUAUCAAAUACACACUCAGUGCCAAAGCCAGACACUGCCUGGGUCGAGCAGUCACACAUCUCUCUAGUUUAUCAACUUAUUGAUGUUUAUCUGAGUCUGCCAAUAUGUCUGCUGCUCUGCUUAGAGUAUACAGCUCAUUAACAGUAUAAACAGCAGUAAAUGUCAAGACUGUGUCCUGGUCUGAACCCUGCUGGAGAGGAGCCUCUGACAGACUGGAAUGUGUCAAUUUGACAGACUGGGGAGCAGAGAAUAAGAGUGAGUGAUUGAGAAAGGUUAGGAGGAUAAACACAGCUGUCCUGGGUGUACCCAUUACCAGGUAGAACGUUGUGAUGAGUGUGAGGCCAAAGUUUCCCUCUUAAAAGUGCCACCAGAGAAGCAGGUCACACCUGAUGUCAUCUACUACAAGUGACCUGUAACCUCUGAACUCAGACCGGGACCAACUAAAUAUGGAUGCUCUUAAUCUAUGUGAUGAUUUACUGGGGUUUUAUAUUUGCCAAAGAAAACCAAUAAAAUCUGCUUCUGAUGAAGGAA